UAAACGCAUUGCUGUAAUUUAAAUUAACACAAUGUUGAGUCCGAAGAUUCAGCGAUCGAUUCGAGUCAACGACGGUCAACUGAUAGCGCUGUCUGAACGUGCGCAGUAUGACCACUCACAGACCGGAUACUUACAUAAAAGGAGCUCAGACAACACAAAAUGGCAGCUGCGUUGGUUCGUCCUCUAUCAGAACCUGCUUUUCUACUACGAAUCGGAGAACAACACGCGACCAACUGGCGUGCUUCUUCUAGAAGGGUCGUACUGUGAGCGACUCAGUAAAGCGCCCAUGGAACGAAAUGCCUCGUUCUGCUUCACCAUAUCGUACCGACGAGAGAGUCAAAGACAAUAUGAGCUGCGCGCGGCGUCUGAAGUUGACUGCGUACACUGGGUUGAUGCCAUUCGAGAAGCAAGCUUCAACAAGCUGCUGCUUCAAAAAGAAGAGCUGGAGCAGAAACAGCUUCAUCUGCUCCAAGUAGUAGAAAGCGAGAGAACAUCACGCUGGCAAUAUGCGCAGCAAUGCGACGAACUCGCUAAUGAAGUAAAGAAACUGAGGACAGAGCUGUGCGCAUACAAGAAAGAACACGAACCUGCUACUCGCACAGCAUCUACUACCAGUUUAUCGCCAUCUGAUUCUGAGGAAAUCGAUCCCACGGAACUACGCAAGAUUAAGAAAGUUCAGAGCUUUUUCCGUGGAUGGCUUUGUCGACGUCGAUGGAAGCAAAUUGUGGAGCAAUACAUCAAGAGCCCUCACGCUGAAAGUAUGAGGAAAAGGAACAGUCUUGUUUUCAAAAUGGUUGAAGCGGAGGAAGAAUAUUUAGAGCAAAUGGAAAUUUUGGUGACAUGUUUUCUACGGCCUUUCAAAAUGGCUGCAAGCUCCAAGAAGCCACCUUGCACACACGAAGAUGUCAACUCUAUUUUUCUCAACAGCGAAACAGUACUUUUCCUUCACCAGAUAUUUUUCAAAGGCCUCACUUCAAGAAUGGAGUCUUGGCCGACCCUUGUAUUAGGCGAUCUAUUCGACAUGUUGCUCCCGAUGUUGACAAUCUACCAGGAGUAUGUAAGGAACCACCAUUACUCUCUCCAAGUUCUCACAGAGUGCAAGCAAAGUCAACCCUUUACGCAGUUAUUGGCACGUUUGGAGGGCAAACCAGCUUGUCAAGGAAGAUCUUUAGAAACAUUUUUGACAUAUCCCAUGCACCAGAUACCCCGAUACAUAAUUACUCUGCACGAGCUGCUUGCCCAUACACCUCAUGAUCAUGUGGAGCGUCGUAGCUUGCAACAUGCUCGUGCACAACUUGAGGAGCUCUCGCGGCAAAUGCACGAUGAGGUCAGCGAGACGGAGAAUCUCAGGAAGAACCUGGCUGUGGAGCGGAUGAUCAUUGAAGGGUGUGACAUUCUUCUAGAUGUUAAUCAAGUUUUCAUAAGACAAGGUACUCUUUCUCAAGUGGUCGGUAAAGGUCGCCGUGCAAAUUUGCAAGCUCGCCAGGCGUUUCUCUUCAGCAACCAUUUGCUCUUAACAACCAGAGCUGCUGGUGGAAGAUUGCACCUGCCACCGGCUGGCAGGCUACCAUUACAUGAUGCACUUUUGAUUGAAGAUCCUUCUAAUCAUGACGAUGAUGAUUCUGCGUCGGUGUGUUCAUCGCCAGGCGGAGAUGUAUACCAAGCUAAGGAUUUUAAAAUACUCGUAGAAGUUAAAGGCGAACAAAUAUGCGCUCAUUUAGUCGCGGCAACACUUGAAGAGAAAGCAGCGUGGACCAGCGAGUUAGCUCAAUGUAUGGAAAGUGCUGCACUGACUGAGCUUCUUCGAGCAUGUGGAUCUUGCGGUGCCGCCUCUGCCAGUCUGCCUGCUUGUCGUUCGGACAGGGCUUUAUUCACAGACGACGUCGAUAUAAGAUUUAGCAGGACACUUAAUUCAUGCAAAGUUCCACAAAUAAGAUCUGCAACUCCGCAGAGAUUGUUACAGAGAUUAACUGAUCUCCGCUUUCUCUCUGUGGACUUCCUGAACACAUUCUUGUUGACCUACCGCGUGUUCACGGACGGCGUGACGGUGCUGGAAGCGCUGCAGCAGGUGUUUUACGAACAAUCGCAGCAAGACAUGGAGUUGGCACCACCUACUGAUGCUGCUAGGAAGGCUAGCGGUGCUAGUUCGGUUUCGGGUUACGGGUCAGAAUACAGUGACAGAGAUUGGCAGUCCAGAUUCUGGCGAGGAUCGAGGAAAAGUGAAGAAGAUGAUAAAUUGUCGCCAUAUUUAAUGGCACCAUCGCGUCGCACAUCAACAGUUAGCAAAGUGGAGGAAGACAACAGCCAUUUGCAAAUACCUAAAAUUAUGGCUACUUCCUCUAGUAACGAGACACUUAAAGGUACAUCACCAUCUUCUCCUGGAGCUCUAAGUUCCGUAACCCUCGUUGGAAGUCCGAAAAAAACUAGCCCAGUUGAAACCACGUCGAAAACGGAAACUACAACGCCAGUUAAAGAUAAUGACGCAGCUGCUUCUAUCGUAAAAGAUGAAAGUAUUGAGCUCGUAGAUCAGAGCGAUGAAGACGUAAAAUACAAAGAAGAGGAACCAGAGAAAAAUAAGUAUAAAAUUGAUGAUAAAUUUAAAAUAUCGCAACGGUUUUCGGAGCGUGUUCGUACUAUGUCCGAGAGCCCUCGACGCUUACAUCCAUCAGCUGGAGGAGUUGCGCCAGACGCUCGUCGUCGUUCAGAAGGAGCGAAAGAAACACCAGCUGGAGCAGAGAAAGCAGAACCGCGUCGCGCUUCUGACACAGCUGCCAGGUCUCUACCUAGACGUUCAGUGAGUGAAAGGCGAUGCACCAAUUCGUCGAUCAACAGUGAGCGACGCCGUUAUUGGGGGGGUUCCGAGCCACGAACUUCUGUGACCUCUCAGGUGUCACAAAUGCAGAAUUACCGUCGCGAGACUAGUCAAUCUAAAGCUGGGGUUGUCAUCACAUCAUUCCGUCAAUCGCACAGGAGCUUUGGAAAAGACCUGUUGUGGAGCAGUACAUCUACUGCGGCGGCAGCGUUUGCGGUGGCAACUUCAGCGUCGUCAAAUCCAAGGUCACCGCCGCCGACUUCUCCUCCUCAGACAAGGCGUGAUUCGGUUAUAUCAACUGCAGCCACCAUGCGAGUGCUGAAUGUUUUAAGGCAUUGGGUGUCUAAGCAUUCUUCAGACUUCUGGUCUGAUGAACGUCUCCGUGGAAUGACAAUGGAUUUCCUCAAAGAGAUUGAAGCAAGUCCAGGGUUACUUCCAGCUGAACAUAAAUCCGCAGCACAGUUACUGCGUCUGUUGGAACGUGCUCCGGAUAGAGCUGUUGACUUGAAAGCUCUAUUUAUACCACCAAGAGUUCCUACUAAAGAGAGCGUCGAAACAUUAUCAGCGCUAGAGAUUGCAGAACAGAUGACGUACUUGGAUUAUCAAAUCUUCAGUUCGAUUCAUAGCGAGGAGUUCUUGGGCCAAGCUUGGACGAAAAGCGACAAAGCGGUGCGCGCGCCACAUAUACUGAUGAUGACGGCUCAUUUCAACCAUAUCUCAAACCUCGUUAUAUCGGAGAUUCUGAAGAAGUACACCCUGACUGGUCGAGUAGCUGCCAUUGAAAAGUGGGCAGCUGUAGCCGAUAUUGCUCGAUGUCUCCAUAAUUUCAAUGGAGUACUGCAGGUGUGCGCUGCUCUUUCCAACACAUCUAUUUUCCGUUUGAAAAAGACCUGGGACAAGGUCUCCAAGACUAGUAAACAAACAAUAGAGAGGAUGCAGACGUUGACAUCUUCAGAAUGUCGUUUUAGAGUUUUGAGAGAUGCCUUGCACAGAUGCGAUCCACCUUGCAUUCCGUACUUGGGAAUGUAUCUAUCGGACUUGUCGUUUAUUGAAGAAGGCACUUCAAAUUAUACUCCAGAAGGACUUUUGAAUUUCUCCAAAAUGAGAAUGAUUGCACAUGUAAUUCGUGAAAUCAGGAAUUUUCAGCAGACUCCGUACAAAAUUGAUCAUAUACCAAAGGUAUGCGAGUUCCUGCUGGACCGGUCGCUCGAGAUCCCCGAGGAGCGUCAGUACACGCUGUCGCUGGAGCUGGAGCCGCGAGCGGCGCGCGGCUCGGCCGGCGGGCUGCACCCCGCGCCCGCCUCCCCCGCCUCGCCCUCCGCGCAGCGCAGACGUCGCGCCUCGCUCGCCGCGCUCGCGCCCCUCGCGCCGCUCAAGGCCGACCAUUAG